UUUGCGGCAAAAGGUGGUCGUGAAAGUGUCGUUCGGCCGAAAAUAGAGAACUAAGGCACUCAGAAUGGCGGUCAUAAAAAACAAACAAAAUAUCUCUGUGCCUGAGUAUCUUAACGAACAGUUCUUUACGGAGACCCUGGAAGAAGGUCUGAGGCAGUCGAAGGUGACCCUGAAAGAGAUCAGCUUUGAGUGGGGCAGCAACCCGGGAGACAACUACUGCUCAGCUAUCUAUCGGGUCGAACUCACGUUCGCCAAGUGGGCGGAUGGAAAGGAAUCUGCAGCGACGGAGCAGCUCUCGCUGAUUGUAAAGACCAUUCCGAUUACGGAAGCCACGCAGUUUCUGGAGGAUGUCAAUGUGUUCAUCAAGGAGAAGCAGACCUACACCGACGUCCUGCCGCGCUUGGAUAUCCUGAGCCGUGGAGACACUUUCGGAGCAAAAUACUACCACUCCGUAAAGAGUCCGGUGCAAACAAUAGUGUUCAGUGACCUGAAGGUGGAAGGAUACAGGGUUGCCUCUAGGGAAGCCGGCCUGGACUGGAACCACGCUUCCCUCAUCCUUCAGCAGCUGGGCAAGUUCCAUGCCACCUCCAUGGUGCUGGCCAAGAAGGAUCCUGAAAUUGUCAAGCACUACACCCGCGGCAUGCUCAGCGAGGACAUCUUAAUGAAGAGCGACACCUUUGAGCAGAUGUUUGGCGGCUUCCUUAAGGGCCUCAUCAAAACUUCGGCUGGGUGGCCCGGCUUUGAGAAGAUAAGCAAGAACCUGCAGCGCCUGAUGGACAACUUUCGGCCAGUGUGCGUGGCUGCAGCCAAGGCAAGGAAGGGAGAUCGGUACGUGGUGCUCAACCAUGGUGACAUGUGGACCAACAACUUCAUGUACGCCUACGAGAACGCUGCUCAGCCCGAGGUGCCCACACGGGCCAUCUUCGUCGACUUCCAGCUGAGCUUCUACGGCAGUCCGGCGUGCGACCUGAAUUUCUUCCUGAACACCAGCAUCAAGCUGGAGUUGCUGCAGAAGCACCGUGAGGAGCUUGUUAAGGUGUACUACGCGGCCUUUAGAGACGCCCUGGAGUACGCCCGCUUCGAGGACAUUCCCACCUACGAGGACCUGCAGUACGAGCUGCGCAGCCGCGAAACCUACGGGCUCUUCGGCCUGUUCGCCUUUCUACCCAUGAUCACCAUGCCCAAGGAACUCGCCCAGGACAACAGCAUAGAGAACAUGCAGGACGAGGCCUUCAAGCAGCGCAAGAUGGACGCCAUUUUCUCGCAGAAGUUUUUGAACGACCACCAGAAAUGGGCCCUGCAGCGUGCGGAUUCCCUUGGCGUCUUCGACGACUACUAAAGUCCGACCUCUGGGGUUGGUGGACUCCGAUGUUUGUGAUAUGGACAAAGUCGCCUGCCGCUGAUAUUAAUUCUUUGACCUAACAACAGGAAACCGAUUUUUUGUUUUUCUAAAUAUGAACUUGUUCAAUACAUUGAUACAAUGAGGCAGAAUUGGUUACCUUAAAGAUUGUACUUGGACUACCGCAACCGUUGUUGUUGAGUAUUAACAAAUGUUUCCUUGUUAACUAGCAGUAAGAAAUGCAUUAAAAUUGACGGCUUUGUAUAUUUAAAAGGGUA